UCCCCUCAUUUGGGAUGGAAGGAAGGCAUUUUAAAUAGUCCCACAUGGCCCAUCAUCAAUCCACCUGCAUUAACUAAGAAUCCACAUGAAAUGGACUUGCAUCUCAAUUGGAGGAGAGAAGGAUGGAGUUUGGACGGACCCUUUUCAUUUCUUGGGUUUUGUCACUUCUCUCUCUCUCUCUCUCUUCUCCCCGCCUUAAACAAAUACCCACACCACGUGCUUCUGCACACGUCCCACCCUCUCCUGACCCACUCAUUUAAUCCCUCCCUCUUUCUCUCUCUACAUUUUGAUGGUCGAUCUCAACACCAACAACCCAUGGAUGGCGUUCCAGAUCUAGAGAGAGAAACAGCCUUUCCCUGAUCUGCAGGAGAUAGAGAGAUAGAGAGAGAGAAAGCUUUUACUCUUCUGCAAGAGAGAUAGAGAGAGAGAAAGCUUUUACUCUUCUGCAAGACGGCAUGGGAGGAGACGAUAUGCAGGAAGGGAUGCAGUGUAGCAGCCACCCUUUGCGGAACAAUGGAGGGAUCUGUGCCUUUUGCCUCCAAGAGAAGCUCGGGAAGCUCAUCUCCUCCUCCUCAAAUCACAACACCCGCCUCUUCCCCUCCUCCUCCUCCUCCUCCAUCGACCCAUCCCCUCUCUAUCCUCCUCUACCUAUCUCUUCCUCCUCUUCCUCCUCCCCCAACACCAAACCCGCCGCUUUGGAAACACACCUUCCACCAUUGAAGCUCCACUUUCCCCUCAUCCAAGCAACAAAAACUCCAAAUAACAACUCAUUCCUCACCACCACCACUACCGCCUCUGCCUCCGACAAGAAAACGAUAACCACCACUGCUACUGCUACUGCUUCUGCUGCCGCCGCUGCCACCGCCUCCUGUUCAUCAGCCGUCUCAGAAGCAACGCUCCCACCGCAGCUCAUCAUGAAGCGGAGCAAAUCGGUGGCGGCACGGCGCGUCUUUGAUGGGGAUGACCCCCCGAGGCCUUACAUAGCGGAGAACAGCCCCCGUCGGAAGAGCUUCUGGUCCUUCCUCCACUUCGCCCGCAAGCGAAGGUCAUCAGAUCCAUACUAUGCCAACAAGAAGCAAUGGGCACCUGAGGGGAGGCUGGCAAUGCAAGGCGGGUGUGCCACCGUCCCCGAGGCACCCACAGCAGGGUGGGUUAUGGUCUCGGGCAAGGAGAACGAGAGCCCCAAUGGGGGCCAGCCACCAGCCGACAACCUCGACCGGAAGGUGGCGAGAUCAAGAUCGGUGGGGUGCGGCAGCCGGAGCUUCUCCGGGGAAUUCCUCGAGAAGUUAUCCACAGGCUUCGUGGAUUGCACACUGAGGAGGGUGGAGUCGCAGAGAGAGGCCAAGCAACCACACAAUUACUGCAACAACAACAACAACAAGAUCGUGUUGCACGGCAGCCGCGAGCAUUCAGAGGAGAUCAAGGACAGAGUCAGGUGUGGGGGUUUAUUCGGAGGAUUCGGAGGCUCUUCUUCCUCAUCAUCAUCUUACUGGAUCUCUGAUGAGCAUCUUAACAAUGGAAGCAGCAACAGGAUCUCAGGGCCUCCUCACAGCAGGAGUAAGAGCUGGGGGUGGGCUUUUGCGAGCCCCAUCCGAGCUUUCCGACCAUCUUCAUCUUCGGCCACCAAGCUUCCGAAUCGCAGAGAUGAAGGAAAUGUCGCCCAUGUUGCUGCCACGCCUCGCCCCAUGGUUGUUCUCAGAGGCUAGAAACGGUUUUUUUUUUUUUUUUUUUUUUCAAAUUUUCCUAUCUUUCUAUUUUUUUUUGAGGGGUUUCUUGAGUUUGAUUGCCAUAUUAUUGUUUUUUUCGUUUUUGUUGAUUUCUCUACACAUGUAUUCUACUGUAUUUAUCUAAAUCUACUCGUGAACAUAUGAGGAGAAGAAGAUAUCUUUGGUGGGGUGCUACCCAUUCUUUCUGAACCAA